CGACAGGAAUUCGUUGCCUCGCACCGCCUUCUGAGCCGGGUCUGCCAGUCUCGCGGUGCCGCAAGCAAUAAGCACCGACUCACAUUUCGCUGGUUUAUAUUAGUCCUUAGCAAAAAUGGCCAAGGACAAGCGCAAGAACGAGGUGGCUGUGGAGAACGCCGCGGCGGAGGAGGGCAAGAAGUCGAAGAAGGACAAGAAGGAGAAGAAGGCCAAGGCGGAGGAAGUGGCGGAGCCGGCGCCCGUCGUGGAGGAGCCCGCGAGCGGCAAGAAGGAUAAGAAGAAGAAGGAGAAGAAGGAGAAGAAGGAGGAGGAGGUGAAGGAGGAGGCUGCGCCGGUGUCUGAGAAGAAGAAGGACAAGAAGAAGAAGGACAAGAAGGAGGAGGCCAAGGAGGAGGGGGAGGAGGCGCCCAAGUCGGACAAGAAGGACAAGAAGAAGGACAAGAAGGCGAAGCGCGCGGAGGCGGAGGAGGAGGCGCCGGAGGAGGCGCCCGCGGCCAAGCGGCCAAAGCAGGAGGAGGCCCCUGCGGAGGAGGGCGGGAAGAAGAAGGACAAGAAGGGCAAGAAGAAGGAGGCGGAGGCGGAGCCCCAGCAGGAGGAGGAGGCGAAGCCGGAGGCCAACGGCAGCGCUAAAAAGGAUAAGAAGGACAAGAAGGCCGCCAAGAAGGCCAAGGAGGAGGAGGAGGCUGCAGCAAAGAAGAAGGCGGCGGAGGAGGAAGCUGCCAAGAAGGCGGCGGAAGCUAAGAAGAAGGCGGAGGAUUCGGACGACGAGAGCUCGGACUCGGAUUCGGAUUCCGACUCGGACGCGGACGAGAAGGUGACCAGCAAGAAGGGCGGAGACAAGAAGGAGCAGAAGAAGGAGGAGGAGGAGAAGGAGGAGGAGGAGAAGGAGGAGGAUAAGUCGCCUGCGCCAGGCACGCGGGAGGGCAGCCAGGAGCCGGGCAAGGUGGGCACCGCCGGCAAGGCCUUCCAGCGCGUGAAGGCCGAGGAGUGGCUGGGCAAGAAGGGCGCCAUUGACAACCGCUACGAGGCCACGUUCGGGCAGGCGGGCUGGGGUUACAAGGCGCAGCAGGUGCUGGGCGCAGUGCGCGGCAAGGACUUCCGCCACGAGAAGACCAAGAAGAAGCGCGGCUCUUACCGCGGCGGCAACAUCGACCCGCACGCCACCUUCAGCACCAAGUUUGAGAGCGACGACGAGUAGAGAGACAGAGAGAGCAGGGCGGCUGGCGAGCGGCACUCCAGAGGGGGAAGAGGGAGGGACAGGGACAGGUAGGUAGAAGGGGAAGGCCGAGGAUGGGAAAGGAGUAACGGUAGAGAGGCAGUUGUUUGGCAGCUCUGGGAGGGGGCGUACAGGGUACAGGCGGGAUGGCUGCUUUGUGGCAGUGGAGGUGGCCAGCAGCGUUGGCGACAGCGACGGCUUGGUGGUGAGACGCCACUGGAGCAGCGGCUGGCGUGGUGGGAAGGACGCGGGGCACUGGGCUUGGCUCUUGGAGCGGGCUGAACACACCUUCGCGCAGGGCGAUUGCUUCUGUGGGCUGUGGGCUGGGCCGAGAUCAGCUGAGUGUUGAAGUGAUUAGGUCAGGAGCUCGUAGAGGGAAAUGAGUGUGGCGAGAAGAGAAACGUGCAUGUGCAAGGGGUGCUGCGCACUGCGCACGGGGUGGUGGUUGCGGCGGCGUCGGUGGCUGUGCUGUGCUACAAGAGCUGCUGCGGAUGCCUUAGUGCAGUGCUUUGGGACUGUGCCUUGGUUGUUAGGGUGAAUAGUUGGUGACAGGUGAGGGCCAGGGACAGGCAGCUGUAACUCCGAGCGAGUCUGCAAACCAAGGCGGGCAGGCGUGUGGGGUUGGACCAUGCAUGAUGAAUCCAUGAUUCGUGAGCGAGCUGCGUUUGGGAGGGCGUGCCUUGGCCUCUUUGAGGUGUUACUGGAGAUCUGGAGGGAGCAGCACUGCGCACUGGGCGCAGUGGCUUCCGUGUUGCCGCGCCCCCGAGCGACGGACGCCC